GUUUUAUUAACCGAGUUUUUGAGUGGAUGGAAUUUGGUUUUGUUGUUUUUUGAUGAAUGAUCGUUUGAUUUGAUUGUCGGUUUUUGAUCGGAAUUCUGUGUUUUUUUUUUUUCUCACUGUCUCUUUUACUAAAUUAGCUUCACAUGCAAUUCUUUGAUUAUUAUUGUAAAGAAUUAAGUCUCUGUUUGGUUGCUUGGAAAAUUCUCUCCACGGGAAACUCGAAGUCUAACUGUUUGGUUCAGAGAAAGAUUCUUCUUUGUGAUGCAAUGGAUAUCGAACAAGUUGAAGAUCUGACAACGGUUUUGAUUGAUUCUGAGAAAACUGGCAUGGACAGCAAGGGAAAGACCAACACUGAAUUGCUAUAUCAUGAUGAUGAUGGGGAUAGUGAAGACUAUGCUGAUUAUGUUUCUGAUUAUGGUGACAAUGAUGAUUUCCCAUAUGAAGAUGAUUGUUCGAUUGUGCAAUCUCAUUUUGAUAAUGUGGAUCUUCCUCCUGGGAUAGAGGCUUCAAUUCCUUGGUUGAAAGGCCCUGCUACUAUUGGAAAUGUGCCUCCAGCCCCGGGUGCCUCAAGUGCCCCUUGUCUGGAUGAAAGCAAGAAGGAAACAACAUUAAAUUUGGCUGAUGGUGGAGUGAAGUCAGCUUCUACCAGUACUUCAAUGUUCCCAAUACCGUCAGGGUCUUAUCAGAAAGAAGAAGGAAAUGAAGAACAUGGAGUUAUGCAAAAAUUUCAAAGCUUCAAAAAUUUUGGUGUUGUGGAUGAUUUCUCAGACCAUCAUUACAGCAAUUUGACCUCAGCAGGAGAGAAGCAACCAAAGGAGUGGGUGAAGCGAAUUCAAGAUGAGUGGAAAAUUCUGGAGAACUUACCAGAAAUAAUAUACGUGAGAGUUUGUGAAGCAAGGAUGGGUCUUUUAAGGGCUGUCAUUAUAGGACCUUCUGGUACUCCAUAUCAUGAUGGCCUUUUUGUCUUUGAUUGUUUCUUUCCUCCGAAAUAUCCCUAUGAGCCACCAAUGGUUUAUUACUAUUCCGGUGGCCUCAGAUUAAAUCCAAAUUUAUACAACUGUGGUAAAGUAUGCCUAAGCCUUUUGGGCACCUGGCAAGGUCAACCAACUGAGAGAUGGGUUCCAGGGCAAUCGACCAUGCUACAAGUUUUGGUUUCCUUACAAGCUUUGAUUCUGAAUGCUAGACCAUUCUUUAAUGAGCCUGGGUAUGAAACUUUGUAUGUUGGGGCUGAAGGUGACAGGGGGUCCAGGGAGUACAAUGAGGAAGUAUUUAUUCUAUCCUUGAAGACAAUGAUUUACACUCUUAGAAGACCACCAGAGCAUUUUGAGGACUUUGUUGCUGGUCAUUUUCGCAACCGUGCACGUGACAUUAUUGUGGCAUGCAAAGCAUAUAGAGAGGGUGCUACAGUAGGGUCUGUUGUGGUUAAAGAUGGUGUUCCAGACGCAAAUAAAAUGGAAAAGGGUAGCUCUGGGGAAUUUAAAAGAAAAUUACUAAAAAUGAUUAAUGCAGUGAUUAAGGAGUUUGUGAAAAACGGGUCAACAGACUGUGAGCAGUUUCAGUUUCAGACUUCCUGAAGCUGAUACCAUUUGGAGUUGGCUAGAUGUAAAGCAUAGGAUGGGAUUGUUAAGCCAUUAUGGAAGCCAGUGUAUAGCGGUUUAGUUCGUCUUCCAAAUGCUUUGAGAUUUUAUGUUUUAUUUUAUUUUAUAUAGGAGGUUACAGCCUGAUGAUAAGAGAAAAAAUUACAGGUGUCAGGGAUUUAAACUUUAAAUCUGGUAUAUGUUAUUUUUAAGAGUGAUUGAAUGAAGCAACUUUGGUUCUAUUUUCGA